AUGAACAAUCAAGUCAUUUAUGGAAUCAAAGGCGACAACGACAUGUUCUUGAUUCUUUAAUUUUGCGAGAGCGUUUGCAUGUUACACGAAUUCCAAUUCAAGAAAAUGCUCCAACCCAGGAAUAUGAUAGACGGCAAUUUUGUAGUCUAUGGAGUACUACUACGCAAUAACACCUUGAUCUUCUGGGAUAAAAGGGACAACUAUUAGUACGACUAUCAAAUCGAAACCUAAUUAGAACUACAACUUAUUUCGUAUUUAGAAAUCUAAGAUUAAUGGAUAACCUCAGCAAAUAACAGUUUACAAAUAUGGAAUCUGGAAUAAGGAAAAUAUUAAAAUGUAUAAAACCAAGUAUUUUCUGGAGGGAUCAUUCAAUUAUUAGAAGUUAUGCAUUUACAAAUGCUAUUAGUAUCCUCAAAUCCCAAUAUCAUUAGUUGUUGGGAUAUGUUCGAAUAAAAGUUUUUGUUUAAAUUCUAAGUAUCUCAUCAAAUACUCUAUCAAGUUGUUUGCAGUAGACAGUUCUAAUUGAUCUUCACCAUAGGAUUCAACAAUUACAUCUCCUGUUACGAAUUACAUGCUUAAUAUAAUGAUUAUAAUUUGAAAUGCUAAUUGGUAGGUCAUUCUUCAACUGUUUAGUGCAUUGAACACAUAGAAUAAACUGCAUUGCUGAUCUCCAUCGACAAUAAAAAUGUGGUUAUCUUAUGGGACAUACGAUCACAGUAAUAGACUCAGACAAUUAAUUUAUAAACGAGAAUACUUACUAAAUAAUUGAUGUUUUAUUGUAAUAAAUUAUGUUUGGUUGCUAAUAUGUUGUAGACAUUGAGUUUUGAAAAACAAUUGCAUCUGAAUAAAUAAAUAAAAUUAUAGCAAGUCAUCUAUGAUUAGUGGAAUAAAAGAAAUAUUAUAAUAACUAAGGCAGAUAUUCGUAUUUAAGAUAUAAUAAAUGGAAAUAUUUAGUACAUUUUGAGUGACUUUUAAAAUGAGAUCUCAGCAUCUUGUCUCAUUGAACAUGGAUACUCUAUUAUAAUUGGUACUAUAGAAGGUGAUUUGUAUAAGAUUUCACUAAAACACGGUCAAAUCUUGGAAAAAUGGGAAUCCUUUUAUUAAGAUGAGAUCCAAUCCAUUUAAUAUGAUGAAGCCUACAAAAUCUGA